AUCCAGCACGACGACCACCUCGCGCACGAGGCGCAGAAUUACCAGAAGUUCGACGACAUCUUGUUCGAGCACUGGACGGGCUAUAACGUCGUUCCGCCGCUGCAUGACCCGACGCCCGUCGGGGCCGUGGUGCCCCAAUUUUAUGGCUAUUAUGAGGCUGUGGAUGAGAAGGGUAAGAAGAUCAAAGCGGAUAAGAGAGGCAGGUAUUUGAGUCCGAUUUUAUUGCUGGAGGAUUGCGGGAAGCCGAUCGUGGUGGAAAACCUGAGUAUAGACGAUCGGCAAGAAUGUGCCGCGCUUUUAUAUCGUCUGCACUACGCCGGCUGGACGCACAACUCCUUCUACCGCCGCAAUAUUCUCAUGCAACUCGGCGAUAUCUCCGACUGGCCUAUUACAAGGAUGAACAAGAGCAAACCAGACCGCCGCUUUCGGUUGAUCGACUUUGGGAGAGCG